AUGGGCCCAACAUGCAUGCCUGUGAACGGUGCUAUUCGCGCAAAACAAAAUGUGACCGAGAGAUGCCACGGUGCAGCGCAUGUAUCAGGAGUCGCGCCCUAUGCAGAGUUGGAACACGAGAACGCGCAACUCCGGCGUGGCUCGUUGCAAUCGGGCGUAACCGAGCCGCGUAGUAUCAGCCAGCCAGAGCUACCGAUUCCCGAGUCUCAUCCUUUCACCGAUGAGCCUGAGGAAGAUCAGUCGUUGUCACAAUCAGCAGGCUCUCUACAACGGACCCCUGAGGAGGAGAUUCGAUAUCUUGGCUCUAGUAAUGGGGUGGACUUCGUCGAUAUCGUUGAACGGGUGGUGCAUUCCUCCUGUACGAAGGGUGGUCUGUUUGGGAGAGUAACCGACAGUCAUCGAAUGCCCGAAAGGAUCGCCUUCCCUUCCAUUCCGCAACCUGCAGUGGUCGUGGAUCAUUCCGUGGCAAUGCCCCUGAUUGAAUCAUAUUUUGACCACUGGCACUUGUUAUUCCCGUUAAUUUAUCGACCAGCAUUUAUGGAGAUGGUGCGUGAGAUCUAUUCAGAUCCAAAGCUUUAUCAAAAUAAUCCUUCAAAUGCGUUUGCACUUGAUAUUGUAUUGGCUUUAGGGUCGGUAUCGUCCAAAAGAGUUGACAGCGGCCAUCUCAACUCGGAGUCAUAUUUUGCCAGAGCUUCGAUGCACUUGGAUGAGGUUUCAGGCCUUCGUGACAUUCGAUCAUUGCAGGCUCUGCUUCUCUACUGUAAAUAUGGGAUCCAUGCCAGCUUACGUGACACUUCUAGUGAGAUGUGGGAGGUGCUUGGGAGGGCGUCUCGACUAUGUGUUGAAAUUGGCUUGCAUCAGAACAGUACUACGGUUUCUUCACGUUGCAAAACACACAUUACUGGAAAGGUUCCAAGCUCAGUUCAAUUAGAAAUGCAGCGUCGAUGUUUCUGGUGCUAUUAUAAUCUGGAGAGAAUCGUCAAUAUCUCACUUGGAAGGCCUCUCGCUCUCCAUGAUGAUGACAUAGAUGUAACAUUACCCUCUCCACUGGACGAUGACGGGCUAGAGCAUGUGCCUGGAUCUACUGCAUCACUGCGGGAUAUAUCGCCCUUUCUGCAACACACUCACCUACGCAAGAUCCAAUCCAGAAUUCACCGAUCCAUGUAUACAAGUCGCUCCAUUCAACGGCUUCAGCUUCAUGACAGAGAGGCGCUUAGACAAGAUAUCUACAGGGACCUUCAAGCAUGGCAAAGAAACAUUUCACUUCUUCCGUUACCAUCACCAGAGCAUAUCCGAGACAUCACAUCAUCCUAUUUACAUCCUAGUUGGUAUCACGCUCUCUACAACAGCUCGUGUCUCCUAUUAUUCCGGCCAUCGGUGACAUUUCCAGCAAUGGAAGGCCUAGAAUCUAACACAGAUGUGGAUGAUGUGCUAAAAACUAUCUGGACCUCAUCCCGUAUGGUUCUUGCCAGAUAUUUUGAGCUUCUCCGCGCCCGUCAUUUAAACUACUCAUGGGUCUGUCUUUACACAAUAUUCAUGGCCGGCCUAGCAAAUAUCUACAGCGUUGGUUGUUGCGUGCAGAGGCGUAAGAGAAGUACCCACGCAUUUUUACCCUCAUUUUGGGAUGUUACUUCUGACGUUCGUGACUGCUCAAACAUUUUGACAGCCAUAUGUGAGAAAUGGGAUGAUGCACGAGGCUCCUGUGAUAUCUUCAAUCAGUUGAGCAUGAGUGCCCUCAAGGAGCUUGCCAGUAUGACGUUUCAACAGAAGGAUGACAACGCUAGCUCUGCAGAACGUGAAAACAACCAAAUGAACACGCGGCUUGUCUCAUCCGUAGCUGAAAAUGGGCUCCAAACAUACUCCUCGGCCAUGUCUGCGCAGUCUUAUUUGCCACAGCUGUCUCCCUCGCCCGGGUUUCCGGAGACGACUAUGUCUACGGAGCAAUACCACGACACCUCGUUCUCUGAAAUGGACCCGAUACUUGACUUUCAGCAUAUGUUUCAAGAAAUGCAGAAUGCUAUCAAUACGAGAGGAGAUAUUCAGACGGAUGAAGUCAUGCUGGGAUUUUCACAGGAUUGGUUUGGAAGAUAA